CGGAAGAGCAACCUUCUGAAGAUGCUUCCGAGUAUGAUGAACCAUGGCAUCCACCAGAGGAUAUCUCUCUUCCCAAAGUCACCAUCUCUGCCCUCACUGAGACAGGCCAACCCGAAUCGUCAAUCGUUGUUCCAUUGCAACGGGCGUACACCGGUACAAAGCCUGUGAUAUCAUCCGACCUCGCUGACACUCCCUGCGCUACCCUCGGCGUUCGGGGACUCUUGGAUCUACUCAAUACGACACUCGGAACAUCACACACCCUGGAUACUCCAUCCCUCUCCUCCCUUCUUGAAGACUGCAUUGCAAACGAGUAUGACUUUGGCAUGGCAUAUAGCCGCCUCCGCCGGAUAUGGUACAUCCAUGACUGGAACACUGUACGAGACACAUUGGGCAGAUGGGAAGAGGAGGACCGGGAGAUGCGACGGAAAGCACUCGUUGGUAACCGGAUCGUCAAACCACACUUGCCACCUCGACGUGUCUGGGAUCUGUACAAUAAUCGGGUGGUGCCAUGGUGGUGCACAGGCUUAAUCAGGGUGAGGACAUGCAAGCUUCAGCCCAUAUCGCAUGCGUGGAUGGAUGAGACGGAUCGCGUCAACGUGUCGACACCCACCAACGGAUACGAAUGGCCGGUUCCCAUGCCGAAAGAUGCCAGCCUCAACCUUGUCCGCAUUGAGAUGCUCAAUAUUGAAGUGGAGGAUGAUAGUGAAGUGGAGGAUGAUCUUGAACUGGAGUAUGCAUGGUUGGACAUUCUCUGUUUGAGACAGGUGGGUGGACAGGGUGAGGAUAUGCGGGCGGAAGAGUGGAAAUUGGAUGUGCCCACCAUCGGAGCAGUAUAUGAUGAGCCCAAUGUGGCGGUUUACUUGAGUGGGCUGGGUCGGCCUUUGAGUUUGAAGGACGGUGACUUGGACAGUGAUCGGUGCUGGUUCAGACGUGCAUGGACGCUACAAGAGGCUGGCCCGACUACUAGUAUGUUGAUUGCUGGGGACACGCCGGAUGGACCAUUGCAUGCCAAAAGGGAUGAGGACGGGAAGUAUGGGACUGAGCUACUGACCAGGUUUCACAAGCAGUUGCAGUCUACAGUGGACAGAUAUGGAAUGUUUUCAGCACUGGAGGAGAUGCAAAAUCGGGUGUCAACCAACCCGGUGGACAAAGUCGCGGGACUGGCAUUUCUUGUGCAGUCCAAGUCGAUACCGGCAUACUAUGAGAGCGAGUCUCUCGAGGAUGCAUGGACAGCACUCGUCAAUUCGAUGUGGAUGUUGCUUCGGGGGGAGUUGUUCUGCUUCUAUCCUGAACCGGGAAAUGCAGGCAGAAAAUGGAGACCAUCGUGGGACCAGCAGAUGAUGAAGCCUCUGGCUGCAGGUGAAUACUACCCCGACAUCUAUGUUGAUCGGAAUGAGGAGAUGGAUGAAGACUCGUGUAAUGCGCCCUGCAUUGAAAAGGGGUUAGUGCGAGGGUUGGCUGCUGUGGAAGGGGGUGAUCGACGUGGAGAGUUGAUCGUUAAGGACGUGGGUGGGAUGGAACAUGCAUUCAACAUCACAGCCACCCACGAGUACCCCAUACCUGAAGACAUAUACACACUGAUCUGCACUCGACGGGAUUACGAAUUUUGGGUUCUCGGGCGAAGACUGCCAGGGAAAAGGUUUGAAAAAGUGUCGGUGUUGCGAAUUGCCGAUGUAGAUCAAUGGAAGCGGUUAAAGAAUCUUAGUACUGAGUAA